GCGUGAGAUGAGGUUUGGAAAGCGUAGCUAACAACCUCAAUCCGAAUUGUUCCAAAAUGGCUGCUGUCCUGCUAACUCACAUGAGGACAACAUAGCAGUCAUUCAGUCUUCUUGGUAUGACAAUUUGGACUACAAGGCAUUUCCCAUCCCUGUAUUGAGGUAUGUUUUCCGAACCAUAUCUCGCUCUGGCUCCAACCGUAGUGCAGCUGAGCAGUCGGGUCGGAUCUGCUGGCUAACUAAUUGUACUUACUAGGACGUUUUCAUUCAGCUGCCCUGAAUGUGGCUGUGUGUUUUUCCUUGCAGUUGAGACCUAGGCAACCAGGCAUACAUUGUGUUCUACUGACUGCAGAUUCUUGGGACCAACAUGAGAGCUGGAGGCAUCUUGAAGUUGGCUGCAUUGGUUUCGGUCUUUUUCCUGGCAGUUUUCCUUGCCUUCCAGCUGCUGGAAAUGAAUAUGGACUUCAGUUUGGGGAAUGUUUUUGGGUCUAUGCCUGUAGAGGAAGGCCCUACCAGACUGGACCGCUAUAAGUGUGGCCUCUCCAAGCCAUGUCCUGAGGGACACUUCUCCUUUAAGAUGGCCAGCGGAGCAGCCAGUGUUGUGGGUCCCAAAAUCUGCCUGGAGGACAACAUAUUGAUGAGUGGCGUCAAGAACAACGUGGGCAGAGGAAUUAACAUCGCCCUGGUUAACGGAAAGACAGGGGACCUCAUCAAGACAGACUACUUUGACAUGUGGGCGGGAGAUGUCAACACGCUCAUCACAUUCCUGAAGACUAUUGAAGAAGGAACAGUAGUGAUGAUGGCCACGUUUGACGAUUCGGCCUCCAAGCUGAACGACGAGUCCAAGAAGAUGAUUGGUGAACUUGGCAGUUCCAGCAUCAGCACAUUAGACUUCAGGGACAACUGGAUCUUUGUGGGAGGCAAAGGGAUUAAGACCAAGAGUCCCUUUGAGCAGCACAUAAAGAACAACGCCGACACCAACAAGUACGAGGGCUGGCCCGAGGUGCUGGAGAUGGAAGGCUGCAUACCCCAAAGACAGGAGUGAUCUUUUCACUUGAACCCUCGACCGGCCAUCUCCUGUUCCCUUCAUAGCCGACCCCUUCGCCUUUGGUUGCAUCUCCCAUUCUCUUAAAAUAGUGUACUUGCACACUUUCCUAUGAUGGCUCUAACAAUGGUGGAACCUCCCUCCACCCAAUGCUAACACCAACGCAACCUUUGUAUUUUAGAGACUGUCCCUCUGCGUUGCAGCUGUCAAUGUUUGCAGCAAUCGGUGUUUGACGUCAGGGAGCAUCCUUGUAUCUUCCUGUGUUUUUGUGUCAAAGUAUUGUCUAUUUAUAGGAAGAGGAAUGGAAGGGUAGCUGGUUUGGCAGAAAUCCCUGUUAUUGGUUAUUCAGCAGAAUGUACCAAGAUCACUGAAAUUUGUAAAUAGAACUACAAAAAAAGUAGCAAACUUUUGAACAUCCGUAUUGUAAUAUAAAAUCUUGGAAAGCUAUAUGGCUUAAGAUCCUUGUUACUUAAGAGUGAAUUUAUAUUAUAGCUUUUUAUCUUUAGUGAUUGGUCUUUUUUUAAUUGUUAGUUUUUGUGUGGGUUGGGUGUGGAAUGAAUGAGGAAGCAUAGAGCUAAAUUGUGUUAGUGGGGAUUUUGUCUUGUGUGCAUCUUCCUUGGAUAGAAUGGGAAUGGUUGGUUUUGGAUGGGGGUCAUGUACGUAUGUGUUUCAGUAAAAAUCUAACGAUAUUUUUAGGGAAAUAUUUAGCUGGUUUUGCUGAUUUUGAUAACAAAUCACUUGGGAUUUUAUUGGCACCUUGACAGCCUUGGAAAAACCAUUCAAGAAAUAGAUUGAUACAUUACAAAGAUGACUAGGUUUAGAUUUCCGUGGCUAGAUCUUACUUUCCCCAGUAUCUCUGGUUUACUUUAAAGACUACUAACUCUCUGCAUCACAUCUCUUCCACUUGGCUCUCCUAAAGCUUUGAUUACCUCAUUGUGACUGACUUUUUUUUGUUCUUUAUAUAAUGCAAAAACUGCCUAGGCUGAAGUUUUAGCUGAUUUACUGCUGGCUUUUGCAACAUGCAUCAUGUCCCCACUGGAUCUUGUUCAAUGAGCGGUCUCAGUACCACUGUUCAUUAGCCGUGGUCAUAUUAGCUACAAUUCAACCCAGCUGUCAUUUUGUCACACUUGGAAUGGAGUAAGCUACACACUGACGUGCAAUAGUCAGUUGGAAUAUAUAUAUAAAUAUAUAUAUAUAUAUGGGACUCCCAAUAUAAAAAUAAUACAUUUGACCUUUUAUUUAACUAAGCAAGUCAGUUAAGAACAAAUUCUUAUUUACAAUGAAGGCCUACACCAGCCAAACCCGGACGACGCUGGGCCAAUUGUGCGCCGCCCUAUGGGACUCCCAAUCACGACCAGGUGUGAUACCCUGGUUCCAUUCCAGGCUGUAUCUGUAGUGACUCCUCAAGCACUGAGAAUCAGUGCCUUAGACCGCUGCACCACUCAGGAACCCAUAGAUUGAUUCAGUGGAUUAAUUCCUGUUCUGUUUGCAUUUAGGGCAGUACAUGUAACCUAACACAAUGUGAUUGUGGAGGCUAUUCUGAAACCUGUUCCCCAUCCACUUCUCUAUGGAGUCAUUGUAAUGAAGGAUUUUCCCUUUUGUUGUGACAUUGGCAAGAUAUUUUAACACAAUGAAUGACAUCCUCCACAUUGCCUUUUAAAAAAAGAUCUGUGUUCUGUUCUUUGGUUUCAUUUGAGGACCUUGAGUGAAGUGAAAAGCCCAAAUCGAUACCCCAUCAAUGCCAUUCCUAAAACAAGUGUGUUCUUCCUGCUCUUAAAGGAAUUCAUCCCACCAAUGUGCCUUGUCUGACUUACAAAUCCAUAGACAGUCUAUGUAAUAAUCCCUAUUUCUGCAUCUCUACUAAACUACUGAUUCCUUAAUCAUACAUGUUGUUGCAAGGGGAACAAUUCUGAUAAUUGUGACUAAUUUUGUUGCAAUGUCUUACAUCUGUCGUGAAACAUUUCAAACAACUUACCAUUCAUGAGUAUGGUUAAUAAAGUUCAACCUGUC